AUGCAAGACACUGAAAGUACAAAUGAAUUGGUUAAUUGGAUUGAAGAAGCUAUUGCUAAGGAAUAUUUUAGAUAUUAUGAAUAUAAAUAUUUUAAUAAUAUUCAAGUAAUUGGUUCUGGAGCAUUUGGAAAAGUUUAUCGUGCGAGUUGGAAAAAUUCAGGACAAUACUUAGCGUUAAAAUCUUUUUUAAAUUUUAAUGAUGCCACUAUAAAAGAAAUUGUUCAUGAACUUAAGUUUCAAUUAAAAAUACAAUUUCAUGACAAUAUUAUUAAUUUUUAUGGAAUUACAAAAUUGGAACCAGGAUCAGAAAAUCAAAAUGAUUUAACAAAAGAGUAUUUGUUAGUAAUGGAAUAUGCUGAUUCCGGUACUCUUAAAGAUUAUUUGAAGAAAAACUUCAAUAAUCUUACCUGGGAUGAUAAGUAUAACUUAGCUUACCAGUUAGCCUGUGCCGUGUCAUGCUUACACAAUGAAGGAAUUGUACAUCGUGAUUUGCAUUCUUGUAAUAUAUUGAUUCAUAAAAAUACCAUUAAAUUAGCUGAUUUUGGAUUGUCAAGAAGAAUUGGUUCAUCAUCUAGUCAGUCAAAAAUUUUUGGAAUAAUUCCUUACAUUGAUCCAAAAAGAUUUAGUAGUCAAAGAAAAAAUAAAUCAGUACAGUCUAAUGAAAAUAACGAUAUUCACAAAUAUAAUGAAAAGAGCGAUAUUUAUAGUAUUGGUGUAUUAUUAUGGGAGAUAUCAAGUGGACGUCCUCCCUUUUCAACUGGAGAUGAUGAAUAUGAUAUUGAUUUGGCUAUAGAAAUUUUAAAGGGUCGUAGAGAAGAUCCUAUUCCUGAUACACCUGAUAAUUAUAUAAGACUUUAUACUGAUUGUUGGAAUGGUGAACCAGAUAAUCGUCCAACUAUAAACGAGGUGGUAAAAAGAUUAAGAGCAACGAUUACAGAUACAAACAUUAUAACAGAAAAUCAUCAAAUUAAAUCAGAUUUUCAAUCGUCAGAUAAACAAGAAUUUAAUACUUCAAGUGUCAGCAAUUCAUAUCAUGGGAAAUUAUCUCAAGUUAUUCAAAAUUUUGGUAAAAUGAAUACAAAAGAAAUAGUAUCUGCAAUAUCAACAAGUGAAGUAAUUAAUAUAAAUAAUUCAUCUAAAAAGAAUUUAAGUAUAAUAAUUAAUGAAAUAGUAACAUUCAUUUUUGAAUUAAAUAAUAAGGGCAAAAUGGUUUAUAAACAUGUUUUAGAUGAUUAUUUUAAUAAUCAUGAUAUAAAUUCAAAAGAAAUUUAUAAUUGGUUAUUAAAUAAUCAAAAUGAUUCGGAUUCUAUAUUUUUACUUGGAUAUUUUAAUUAUUAUGGAAUUGAAACCAAUGAAGAUCUUAAUCAAGCAUUUAAUUUAUUUAUUAAAGCAUCAAAACAAGGUCAUAUAUUGGCACAAUAUUAUGUUGGAGCAUGUUAUGAAUUUGAUAAUGGAACCAUAAAAAAUGAAAAUUUAUCUUUUGAAAAGGAUUUUAAAGAAUAA